AUGGCAGGGGACAUUUCUCAGACCCUUCCUACUGUGGCUCCUGCUCUCUCUAGGCCACCAGAUUCUUUAUGCAAGGGUAGUAAACAACAUGGUUUUCGUGUGGGCAAUUCUCAGUCCCAGAGGAGUCUCAAGAAGAGUAAGGAUAAAACGAAAUCAGGAGUUGUUUACAAAGAGGGGAGAUGGUGCUCAUAUUACAUCUAG